GUUUCUUUUGAUGUAGCUUACGGUGAUUGGUGCAAGUCGUGGCGCUAUUCUACCAUUGUUUUGAGACAGACAUUGAUUAAUUCUUGUGUCAUGUCAGACGUAUCAUUGGGCACGAAAACCAGAUCCGGAGAGAGCGACAGUGACGACCGUAGAGAGCGGUAUGCCAGGGUGACGUGGCCUGAAGCCGUUUAUCAGUACAGACCCCCGGAAAGAGAAACAUGGGAUGGUUAUGGGAUAACGAAAAGACACGGAGGAGGCGUUGGAUGUCGAGUGGAACAAAUUACAGGAAAAGAGUACAAGACAGUGCCGGAGUACAUUGCUAAACCAUUCCAAACGUACGAUUUACCGUAUAUGUCGAAGGUGGUCAAACAGCGACAACACAAAUUCGUUAGACGUUUUGUCUGUUUGGCCGUGUUUACACUGCUGGCUAGAGCGUAGAUAUCCAACGAGGGUCUAGUAACUAAACUACAGUGGAACACUAGCCGCGGUUAUCGCGUAGUUAUAGCGUAGUCAGAGCGUAGCUAUGGAACUAAACUUGCGACCGUGGUUACUAGAGCGUAGUUCAGUAGUUACGCAUGCGUAGUAGCCCUAGGUGAUUUGCGAGCGAGCGA